CGCUCCGGCAAUUAAGGUAUUUAAUUAUCCUUUAAAAGAAACACAAAUCUUAUAUAAUCAAUAGAGGCAUUAGAGACAAGAGAGAGAGAUAUAGAUCUGAUCACUUGGAAGAUUAUUAAAAAUGGCAUCAUCGGAGCAAAAGUUGGUAGAAGAAAACGGGUCGGUGAUCUCAAACUUGUUGGAUAAAGCCAAAGGUUUCAUUGCGGAGAAGCUAGCCAAUAUUCCGACGCCGGAAGCCACCGUGGAAGACGUUGAUUUCAAAGGCGUGUCACGUCAAGGUGUUGAUUAUCACGCCAAGGUCUCCGUCAAGAAUCCUUACUCUCAGUCGAUCCCUAUUUGCCAGAUCUCUUACAUCCUCAAGAGUGCCACAAGGACUAUCGCGUCUGGCACAAUACCGGACCCGGGUUCGUUGGUUGGGAAGGGCACGACGGUUCUGGACGUACCUGUUAAGGUGGCUUAUGGCAUAGCGGUUAGUCUAAUGAAGGACAUUGGCUCGGACUGGGACAUUGACUAUCAACUUGACAUUGGUCUAACCAUCGACAUUCCUGUUGUUGGUGACAUUACCAUUCCUGUCUCUACUAAGGGGGAGAUCAAGCUCCCUUCCCUUCGCGACUUCUUUUAGUUUCAACUAUUAUUUUCUUAAUUAUAAUCUAAUGUUCAAUAAAACAUAGACGAUCGCAGCUUUCAGUUCUGGAUUUCUCUUUUGUUGGAUUUGUUAUUGGGUUUUGUUAAGUUCUUUUAUUAUGCAUGUUUCCGUGGAAUGUGAUUUAUAAUUUUAAUUAGCUGCAUGCGUACAGGAGCCUGGUUAUAUUCCCUUGUAUGAAUUUGACUAUACUCUAAAGUUUAUAUCUCAAAAGAAUGCUUGGACACAUAGCCGGUUCUUACCAUAAUAUGAUGAAACAUUUGCAUUGAUUUCUAAUUUAUUUUUAAAAAAUAAUAUAGGUAGAUUUGAUGGAACUUAAAUUAUGAAGAGAGAUUAUCAAAAGUCAUGAAAGCUCUGCUCGGACGUUUGUGCAAAAGUCCAACUUGUAAUGUGUUGGUAAAUUCUCUUUGGUGCGAACCGCAUCCCCACCUAUACGCAGCUUCUACCUUUCUUUUCCACCAAAAUGACCGUUAAAUCAAAGCCAAUUUAAUACUACUAUUCUCAUUUUUCCACUUCAAUAAUUGAUCCCAACUUUGUAAGUGGUUAGAGCAUGAUUAACUACGGGUUUUUAGGAUGAAGUUUUUAAACUGUUUCUUAACUUUUAACUAAAAAAGUUAAAAACCGGUUAUUAAAUAAGGACUUUAAGAACCGA